UGUUUUCUCUCGUCUCGCUCGUCGGCGUUUUGCUACGUUUCGUCUUCUCGCAAGCGCAAAUUCUUAAACAGUUCACAACAAAGUGCGAAAUUAAAUAUUGCAUAUUCUCAAUUAAAUAUCAAGCAUAAAUGCUAAAUUAAAGUAAACAAAACGCUGCAACAACAAAACUACUUUAAUUGAGACCUACAACGAAUUCUCGCAUCAGCAUAAAUACGACAACAACAACAACUGAAGUUAGCCCAAAUUGAGCACGACGCGUAGCAUAGAGGAGAGAAGAGUACAGCAGAGGAGUACUUAUAACGGGGCUAGCAACAGCAACAACAACAACAACAAACACAAACACACUCAACUAACCGGGAAUCGGUCAAACGAGCACAAGAAGAAGUAGACGACGAAGAAGAAGUAGACGACGACGAAGAAGAAGAAGUAGAGCCACAAAACAGAGUUAAAGAUGUCAUUUCGUGUUGUGCGCAGCUCAAAAUUUCGUCACGUCUAUGGACAGUCGCUGAAACGGGAGCAAUGCUACGACAAUAUACGCGUCUCCAAGUCCAGCUGGGACUCCACAUUCUGUGCGGUCAAUCCAAAAUUCUUGGCCAUAAUUGUGGAGUCGGCGGGCGGCGGUGCAUUCAUUGUGUUGCCACACAAUAAAGUUGGACGCAUUGCGGCGGAUCAUCCACUGGUGGGCGGACACAAAGGUCCAGUGCUAGACAUUGCGUGGUGUCCGCACAAUGAUAAUGUGAUCGCAUCCGGCUCUGAGGAUUGUGUGGUCAAGGUGUGGCAAAUACCCGACGGGGGACUCUCGCGCACACUCACCGAACCCGUCGUCGAUCUGGUGCUCCAUCAGCGGCGCGUCGGUCUGGUUCUAUGGCAUCCAUCGGCGCUCAAUGUUCUGCUCACUGCCGGCUCCGACAAUCAGGUAGUCAUCUGGAAUGUGGGCACUGGCGAGAUACUCGUGCACAUUGACUCGCAUCCGGAUAUUGUGUACAGCGCCUGCUUUAACUGGGACGGCUCCAAACUGGUCACCACGUGCAAGGACAAAAAGAUACGCAUCUAUGAUCCGCGCAGCGGUGAACUGGAGAGCGAGGCGAUGUGCCAUGAGGGCUCCAAGGCGACACGGGCGAUCUUUUUGCGUCACGGCCUGAUCUUCACCACCGGCUUCAAUCGCAGCUCGGAGCGUCAGUAUUCGCUGCGCGCCCCCGAUGCCCUCAACGAGCCCAUCGUCAUGGUCGAAUUGGACACGUCGAACGGUGUCAUGUUCCCGCUCUACGAUGCGGACACAAAUCUGAUCUAUCUGUGCGGCAAGGGCGAUUCUGUGAUUCGUUAUUUCGAGGUGACGCCGGAGCCACCGUUUGUGCACUACAUCAACACAUUUCAAACGCCAGAUCCGCAGCGUGGCAUUGGACUGAUGCCGAAGCGAGGCUGUGAUGUGACCACCUGCGAGAUAGCCAAAUUCUAUCGCCUCAAUAACAAUGGUCUCUGCCAGGUCAUUUCGAUGACGGUGCCACGCAAGUCCGAUCUCUUCCAGGAGGACUUAUAUCCGGACACACUGGCCGAGGAUGCGGCCAUCACUGCCGAAGAAUGGAUUGCCGGCAAGGAUGCCGAGCCGCUCACCUUCUCGCUCAAAGAUCGCGUUUCCAUUGUGCAGGGCGGCUACGUAUCCUCGUCGGGCGGAAAUACGCUCUCCGUCAGCAAGAAGGCCAACAUUCUGAAUAAGACGUCCGCAUCCCGAGGAGGUGGCGGCGGUGGCAGCAGUUAUGCUGGUGGCAAUCAUUCAUCCGCGAACAACAACGAGUCCAGCGACGGUCCACCACCAGCGAUAUUCACGGAAAAGGAUCAUCGCAAUAUUCUGGAUGAGAUACGCAAGCUGAAGGCGAUCAUUGUGAAGCAGGAGAAUCGCAUUCGCGCCCUCGAGGCCAAGGUCUCUGCGGCGGCCACCGGCGAUGAGACGGAUGCCCGCAAUAGCAAUAAAAACGGCAGCGGACAGUCCUCUGCUGCGGCGUCGGCGGCGGCGGCAGCAGCGGAAAGCAGCAGCCAUGCUAGUGAAAGUGCCAAUGAUCAUGCUGCGUCCACAUCCGCAACAAAUGCGGACAACGAUGAGGAUUAAACGGAGCUGGAGAGGAAGAGUAACAGCUGCAGAGAGAAGAGGAGCACAGGAAAUGAAAGCUGAUACUACAGAGAGAGAAAGAGUUUUCGGGAGAGAGUAGAGAGAGAGUGAGAGAGAGAGAACUGCUUGAAGAAGCUCGUCGUUAUCGUUUGAAUUUCUCUAAAUGGAAAAUUAUGUUUAUAUUUUGUACACGCUAAAUGAGAGUCGUCGUCUAUGAUUAUGAUUUCGAUUAUUUAUUUUAUAUAAUUUAAUAUUAGGUCUUUUUACGAGCGAAAUGAGUUGAGCGUAAUAUAAAUGAAUAACAAAACAAAACAAAGCAAAACACACACAGCAAUCAAAGCAGAACGCAUAUAACAUAUAUACACACAAUAUCCUGCCAAAAAUAUAUAGUGAAACCUAACGAACUACCUACAAGUUGCGCCCAAAAUCGAAUCGGAAGUUAAAAGUCAAAGUCCCCAUCCAUCUGGUUGGGUUGUCUUUGCUUUCGAGCUGUGUUUUUUUGUGUAACGCAAAAUGUGAAAUUGUUGUAAAUUUAACAAAAAACAAAAAUCAAAAUAUAUAGACUAAAUUGCAAUCAUCUAAAAUUAAUGCUAUUUACCUACCUACCAAUUUACAUACUUUUUCUAUACAUAUACAUAUAUACUAUAUAUAUAUAUAUCAAUAUAUAUAUGAUUACCCUAAUCGAGGCAAUAUAUUCAUGACAAUAGCUUUUAUAACAAACCAUUAGGCAAAAAGAGAAUGGAAAAAAAUUGACUUAACUUGUACCCCAUACCGCCGUCGCUUUCAUAAAACAUUUUUCUCGUUCUAACUAAUAAUAAGUUGUAUUUUGUAAUAAUAAAUGAAAGAAAACCAACGAACCAUUUUCAAAA